AAGAGAGACGGAGACAAACGCCAGAGAAAAAUGAGUGCGUCACUGGGGGUGUCUCCGGAAGGUGAAUUUUGGUCCGCCUGUAAACAAAUGUAUCAAAUCUCUGGGUGGUCACAGCUAAUGGCCACCCUUUACUUGUAAGGAGAGCGCUCAUGUCGGAUGGCAACGAUUUCUGCGCCACUCUGUUCCCCGAACACGUCCGCUGCGAAUCCGCAAAAGAAAAAGAGAAUUAAAAGCAUAAAAGGCAUUAGGAAUGCAGAGAGCCACACAAGGCAUGCCGUCGAAUCGCGUACGUGUGUCGGAGAGAGAUGUAAGGAGAGAGACAUUAAAACCGGGAAUGUCACGCGGGGACACGUGAACCGGGAGAAGAGACUUGUGUUGAGCCAUUGCAGGAGCGCAUUCCUCAAGGACGUUCGCGGCGUGACGGACGAGUGGCGAAACACGGCCGGGGUGGAGGGGGAACCGACCAGAUACAUACAUAGGCCGGCGACCCGCACCAUGAAACGAACCGUCGAACGCGUCGCGGGCUGACAAGCAUUGGGAACAUGGAAGCCAACGUUUGCAUCACCGUGGUUGUCUUAGCUGUGAGCCUUUUGACGUGCAAUGGGUACCUGCUGUGCGGCACCGCACCAACCAGGGUAAAACAGAACGCGGAUGGCACCGCGCCAUCUUCGCAAGCGUCACCUGUACACUGGCCCUGGAAUGCUGCCAUCCACACAGUCGCCAAAUUCCGGCCUGAACAGUACUGUGUCGGGGCGCUGAUCAGCGACCAGCACGUGCUUACAGCAGCACACUGCAUCGACAAACGAACCAGCGAUGGAAUAAGGAUUCACUUGGGGUCCUGGCGGCGAAGCACACUCGAUAAGGGCGAACUCGCAAUGCCCGUGAAGGAAAUGUGCAUUCACCAUAAUUUCUCCGGCAGCACCAACGACAUCGCCGUCAUAACGCUUGCACAGCCUGUGAACUUCACGAGUGCUAUUAGGCCAGUUUGCCUUCCUUACCGAAAAGAAACUUUCCCAACAGACUCGGAAGCCUACACUGCGGGUUGGACAGCAAGACCAAGAAAGGCACACCGUCGCACGAGAAGAUCGCUGCAGGAGUUAAAGCUGACCCUACUUAACAAGAACAAAUGCUUGAAAUAUUUUGAUAUCACCCUCUCCGAAGAUGUACUGUGUGCGCCGCAUGAUGGGGGAUCACUUUGCGAGGGAGACAGCGGCGCACCUAUUGUGCAAAACAUUGGCGGCCACUGGUUCUUGCAGGGUGUCCUUUCAGGCGGCCCUCCCACCUGUGGAGACUCGACGCUGCCUAUGGUCUUCACGCGCGUUGCUAGCUUUAUGGACAACUUCAUCCAUCCUUAUUUGAGUGCCAAGAGCCGCGACGCGAAGGCUAAAUUUUGCAUACUCAAAUGACAAGACCAAGGCCGUCAGAAGCAACCAAACUAUUCGCGGUCCCACAGGUUACAAUUUCCUAAGCGUUUGAAUUACCACUUUUUUACAGGUUCAUUGUGUCAUCAUUAUUUAUGUCGCAAAAUUCAUAAUCACCAUGAACUGCCGAAACGCACGAUUCUGUUUCUUCAUUUAUGGGAACAGUGAAAAGCUCCAUAACACUUGGUUUUCUAGUCGAGCAAUCAUGUUUUUUUUUCUUUUAUUUCGUCGUAAAAUUCCCUCUAGGGGGUGAAUUUUUGCUUAUAUAACCGAAAUAUGCACAUGCGUUUUUUCAUUGAUUAUAAAUCAGAGCCAACUUUUACAAGACACUUUUAGUAUUCCCUAGAAUAUCUGAGGAACAAUAUAAAGAGAGAGAGAGGAGCGAAGUGUUGACCACAUAAAAUUACCAUGUAAUUUACUGUGUAGUUUACUAUCUAAUUACUAUGUUCGAUUACGGUGUCAGAGCACAUGUUAUACCACUGCAAUCAUUCAGUAUGUCGCUAAACGUCGCUAAAGACUAAGGAAGCCACCUUUCAUUUUGCGGAUUAUAGAAAUAAAGUGAAUUAUGAAAACGUA